AUGGAAUUCAUGACGAAGCUCCUGGACGCUGUUGGCGAACAGCGGAGGGGUGCCCGGGCAACUGGCUUCUGCACGCUGUCUCAGAAGGAACAAGUGGAUCGAAAGCUUGGCAUCUCCAAAUCGCUCUGCUUCCAAGACGUGCUCUCUUUGGACGACCCAGAGCUACUUAGAUUCCUGCCACGACCAGUCCAUGCUCUAAUCCUCGUGUUUCCAACGACUGAAGCGUACGAAAGGCGCAUCAAAGUGGAAGAUUUCGAAUCAAAGAACUACCCGGAUGGCAGCGAUGACGAAGACGUAGUAUCCUUCAGACAGACGACCAACAACGCUUGUGGGCUGUAUGCGAUUCUGCAUGCUGUGUGCAAUGGCGAUGUGCGGAACAGCUUUGGCGAGCUUGCUGACAUGACAGAACCCAGCUCGCCCAUGGGUCAUCUAUCGAGGACAUGUCUACCACUACGGCACAGUGAGCGGGCGCUCGCGUUGGAGAAUGAGCAGAAGCUGGAGCGAGCAUACGCCGAUGUGGCCAAGAAGGGUGAUACCGAAGCCCCAGCAAACCCUGAGGAUGAGUCGCAUAUCAAUGGUCAUCUGUAUCAGCUGGACGGCGAUCGUAAGAGGCCAAUUGAGCUGGCAUUCCUGGAGGCUGAGGAAGACGUCUUGUCGGAGAAAUGCUUGGCUGUGAUUCGCGUUAUGACGACGUGGGAAGAAGACAACCUCAGCUUCAGUCUCAUGGCUCUGGUCGAACAAUCCUGA